AGGGGGGACUUGGAAGGUUGUUCGAGGUGCAUGUUCUACCCGGAAGUACAAACGGGUGCUGAGAAGGAAUACAUACAAGAAGGAUGCCUCGGGUGCGUGUGAGGUCGAGUGUGGUGCUUAUGGUGUCGGCGUGGUGUUUGGUGUACGUUGCAGCGCAAGAUCCGGACGCAGCAACCUCAGGCAUCAGCAACGAAGGAGGCCCACCACUCACGACGCCCUCUGCCGAAGGAGCGGACGGCGAGGGCGGCGAGGGCGGGGGGAACGUGGAGGCGGAGACAGGGAGCGUAAAUGGAACCGGGGGAAGUGAAGGAGGUGGUGGAGGAAGUGAAGGAGGAGGAGGAGAAGGAGGAGGGGGAGAAGAAGGAGGAGAAGGAGAUGGACUAGGAACUGGGGGAGAACAAGUGAACGAAGGGGAAGGAAGUAACGCAAGUGUAAAUGGUACAGGAGAUGGAUUGGGUCAGCCAGAGGCUAACGUAGCGGAAGGAGAAGGUGGAGAAGAAGGAGAAGGAGGAGGAGAAGGAGAAGAAACUGGCGGAGGAGACGGAGGAGAAGUGAGUGCAGGAGGGGGAGAAACUGGUGAAGGAGGAGGAGGGGAAGGAGGCGGAACAGGUGCAACGGAUAUAGGAGGAACGGGCAUGGGAUACGGUGGAAAUGGCACUCAGGAAGUUGGAGGAGGAACGGGAGAAGGAGAAGGAGGUGGCGAUGGCGGAGGAGGUGAGGGAACUGGAGGAGAAGGAGAGGGGAAUAAUUCGGGAGAAGCCGGGAUAGGCGGAGGAGGAGGAGAGGGAGAAACUUCAGGAGGGGGAGAUGGUGAGGGAGAUAAAGUGGAAGGAGAUGGAGACACGGAGAAUAAUGGAGGAGAAGGAACGAGUGGAGCAGGAGGAGGAGAAGGAAACGGAGAAGGAGAAGGAAUCGGAGAAGGAGAAGGAACAGGAGGCGAUGGAAUAGGAGGAGAAAACGCAGGAGGAGACAAGAACAUCACUCAGGUCUCCAUCACGACGCCCCGACCGCCGGCCACCACAGAAAGAACGCCCUGUGGAAUGCACGCCAAGGUGGAAGGAGAGGAAUGUGUCUGUGACCUCGGCUGGACUCGUGACCCAGCUGACCCGAGUUCCCAGUGUGCGUGUCGUGACCUCUGCUACGAUGGGAGCGUAUCUUGCCCUGGACAGACGGAAUGUUAUCACGUGACCUGCAACAUCGCCUCGUGCAGGUGCAAGGACGGUCUGCACUACGAUCCCAGGAGUAGAACUUGCUUAAAUACCUGCCAAUACUAUGGAGAUGCUGUGUGUGGUCUGACUUCGCGAAGGUACUGUAUCGGUUCGGAUGAAAAGGCCACUACAUAUUCGUGUCGCUGUAUGGAUGGCUAUGAUAUCGUCGAUGGCGAAUGUCAGGACGCUGACGAGUGCAAAGGCGGGCCAUGCAAGGAGAAGGAAGCCUGCAUCAACACACCUGGCAGCUACAAGUGUGUGUGUCAGAGCGGUUAUAUGAGAGACCACGAUGGACUGUGUAUUAAUGUGAACGAAUGUGCGAGUCCAUCCUUACACGACUGCGAACAUGUGUGUGAAGACGCAGAACCUCCGCUGCGUUUUUCUUGCUCGUGUUACCCUGGGUUCACGUGGCAGGCGUUUACGCGCUCGUGUGUUAUCGACGACGAGCUGACGAAAUGUGAGUGCGAGGACGAGGCGAAGAGUGUGUGUUUCAAGCCAAGGGACGGGGAAAAGCAGUGCCAUCCUCGGCCAGGUUAUGUCCUCGUCAACGGCACUUUUCUAGACGAAGCAGAGUGUGAGAGCGAAGAGAGCGUAAAUUCGUGGUGUGGCGUCAGAAGCGAGUGCGUGGACGGAGAAGGUACUGCGACUUGCGAAUGCUUGGGCGGCUAUGCUAAUGACACGAUCAACUACGGACAAUGUGAAGCCAUAGUCUGUCCUACUGGGACCGUCCUCUCUGAUUCAUCUUGUGUAGAACCUUGCGACACUGUCCAGUGCGCCCCCCCUCUCCGUUGUGGCCUGACAGCUGAAGGAGUGCCAGAGUGCCGUUGCAUGAGCGAGUGUCAGGCUCUCUUGGAACCGGAAGUCACGACCAGCGUCUAUCGAGGUGUUGUUGAGGUUUUGGCACUCGCAGAAGACUCCAUGACUUCAAUGCGUCUAAUGAAAGCGCUAGGAACGAUCUUCGGCGUCGACAACACAGAGAUCCUGAGCGUCACACCGGCUGCCAAAAGACGCUCUACCACCACGCGCUCUGACAGCACCACAACCUACCGCGUGGACUUCCUGCUCAUGGCCCCCCGUCCCAACAUGACUGGCGAGGUCAACAUGGCCAUCAGAGGUCAAUGCAUGAACUCCGCGGACACCCCCUCCACUUGCGUCCUCCCCGGGGGACUGGUGGUGGAGAGGGAGUCCAUCGCGGUGAAGGUUAAAGAUGAUUCCCACCAACAUUUCCAACAGCUAGGAACGAUCUUCGGCGUCGACAACACAGAGAUCCUGAGCGUCACACCGGCUGCCAAAAGACGCUCUACCACCACGCGCUCUGACAGCACCACAACCUACCGCGUGGACUUCCUGCUCAUGGCCCCCCGUCCCAACAUGACUGGCGAGGUCAACAUGGCCAUCAAAGGUCAAUGCAUGAACUCCGCGGACACCCCCUCCACCUGUGUCCUCCCCGGGGGACUGGUGGUGGAGAGGGAGUCCAUCGCGGUGAAGGUUAAAGACCCGUGCGAGGAUUCCCCAUGUCCCGAGGGCGUGUCCGAAUGCGUGCCCAGAAACGAUGUAUCCGGCCGCUACACGUGUCCCUGUCUCAAAGGAUACGUGAAAGUGAACAGCUUCGGGACACUUGGCUUCUGUAGAGAAGUCGACGAAUGUGCUGAAGGCCUUGCAAUGUGCAGGGACGAUCAAGAAUGUAUCAAUACACCGGGAGGCUUCUUAUGCAGGAGUUUGACCGGUUCUGCGGCGUCAGGCGACUUUCACCGCGACCUCGCUAUAGCGUUCGGGGUCUUAUUUUUCUUGACGCUGCUCCUUGUGAUGUGUCUCGUUUAUCGGUCCGCCAAGAGGUCGCCACGAGUGCACGAGUGUCUCCCCAUGAACACCACCGCCACGGGUUUCGAGAACGCCGCCUUCCACAAGUAGACGACGAGGCUGCUCCUGACGCCUCUCUUCGUCAGCAGAACGGGGGAGUGAGACGCCACGGAGGCUGCGUUGAUCUGACGAGGAUCGAAGAAAUUGAUCUGUGAAGAAGAAGAAAAGAAGAAGAAAAAAAGA